UUACCCCAGGCAUAGUUCUUACUACUAAACAAUAAAAGAGAUAAUGCGGUUGCGUCCAUAAUUAAGCUUCGACGAGCGUCCAAAACAGACUGCACAUUGUAAGAACUCUUACCUGACCACAGGGGUCGCUAGUCAUUUCCUGGUUGUCUCUUACGAAACAGGUAUAUGUAUAUAAGGAGGACAAGGAGGAUCAUUAACAUUGCAAAGAGAGAAAGUGGCGUGCUUUAACACGUGAUGGGCACCGUACACUGUAUGUAAUCUCAGCUGACCACAGGUGUCGCUAGUCAUUUCCUGGUUGUCUCUUAUGAAACAGGUAUAUGUAUAUAAAGAGGAAAAUUUACAAUGUACCAGUAGCUCUGCACAGCGGUGUUGUCCAUUGGGAAUGACAGGACGGAACUUGCAUUAAUACGUGACUUUGGCCAAGCCAUAGACGUUUAAUACGAAGCAUUUUCUACACGUAUGGGUAUAGCUGUUAUAUACAGUUGUAGCACUUUCAACAGCUAGUGUGUGAAGUUCUACAGAAGCAUGUCUGCGAUAUUACCGAAGCCGCGCCAGCUAGUACAGAGUCCCGCUAUUUUGGAGGGUCUGAAGGUAUUGAUUAUCUCUGACGCCAUCAACAACUUGACCAAAAGAAUCAACCUGACGCUAAAACAGUUAAAGGUAGGGACAACAGUGACAGCCUGUGGCAAUGGCAGUGCAAUGGAAAAUGCAGUAAAGCAUUCUCAACCCGACGUGAUCGUCUGCCCGUUUCUAACCAAAUAUAUACCGGAAACAAUAUGGCGAUCGGAAGAGCGGCCAUGUUUGGUUUUUCAUCCGGGCAUUGUCGGUGACCGCGGACCAAGUUCCAUCGAUUGGGCUAUACGACAGCAGGCGGAGUCGUGGGGAGGAACGCUGCUCCAGGCUAGCGAGGUGAUGGACGGCGGGGAUAUUUGGAGUACUGCUAAUUUCCCGCUUAAGGCAGACGCUACGAAGACCGGCGUGUAUUGUGGCGAGAUUAGCGACGUGGCUGCCGAUGCCAUUGUGGACGGACUGAUGAAAUUUCGGCUUGGGAUCCCGCCGACUCCUCUGGAUUACACCGACCCUGACGUAAAGGGCUGCUUAUUACCGUCCAUGAAAUCUUCGGACAGGAAAAUAAAUUGGGACAUGUCCGCCGAAGAAAUAUGCCGAAUAAUACGAUGUUCUGAUACUCAACCAGGCGCAAUUGCCUCACUCACGUUUUCUGAGGACGGUACCAGGCGCGCCGAGACCUACAGGGUGUUUGGUGCAUUCCAAGAAAGCGGCCUCCACAAAGAUGUCCAGGAUGUGUUGGGUGCUGGGACGCCAGGAAGUGUGGUCGGUAAAAAACAGGGUGCUGUGCUAGUUUCAACCGGUGACCGCCAGGGGGUCUGGAUAACCUGCAUGAAGAGGAACAAGCGGUUGUCCAUCAAGUUACCUGCUACCUCAGUUUUGCCUGCCAGUACUGUGGCCAGUUUACCAGAUUUGACCAAUGUCUCCAGCCACAGCGAGAUUUGGUUAAAACAACAGGGUCCAGUGUGCUAUGUCCACUUUGAUUUCUACAACGGUGCCAUGGACAGUCGCCAGGGGGCAGAGCUGGCAAUGGUCUUGAAGCAAGUUGCCAAGAUGAGCCACGUCAAGGUUGUAGUCCUCAUGGGCGGCUCGCGAUUCUUUUCAACCGGUAUCCACCUGUGUCAGAUUGAGGCCAGUGGCGAUCCAGCCAAAGAAGCAAACAACAACAUAAAUAAGAUUAAUGACGUCAUAUUGGCCAUGAGCCAGAUGAGAGACAAGUUGGUGGUGGCAGCGCUAGAAGGAAAUGCCGGAGCUGGGGGCGCCAUGAUGGCCGCAGCAGCUGACGUGGUGGUGUCAGCUCAGGGAGUUUUACUUUCUCCUGCUUAUCGCUCCAUGGGGUUGUGUGGCUCGGAAUACUGGACUCACUUUCUACCGAGAAGAGUCGGCAGGGACACGGCGUACGAGCUGAUGUACGCCCGGCCAGACCCUCUCCUCGCGGAGGAGGCAAGAUCUCUCGGCCUGGUAGAUCACGUUCUUGGCAGGAACAAACACGAGUUCCAAGAAAUGCUCCCAGGCUUUGUGGAGAAUUUAGCCAGUGCCACCAGCUGGAAUAAGACCGUACAAGAGAAGUUCAAAACGCGGAACUCAGACUGGUUUGAUCGCCUGUCCCUGCAUCGUCAGCGCGAGUUGCACGCAAUGGAGCAGUGUUUCAAUUCCGCCGCUUUUCAGAAAGAAAGACAGAAGUUUGUCUAUAAACUAAAUGAUGAACAACUGGUCGACGCUGCUCAAGAAAAUCCUUCAUUAAAAUGGAAGGGACAAAAUACUCAGGAAGCUAGCGUAUAUAUAUCGCUUGAUUAAAGGCAGACAAUGAGCGCAGACUCUUUUCUUCAGCAGCUUCCCUUCAGGUUUCAGUGCGCUGCUCUUGAGUGGCUCACUUUACCUAACACAAAACCGUACGCGAUACGUCAAGAAUAAAAUAUUCUAGCAAUGUACAUUUUAUUGAUCACUUAUUUUAUAAAAUUAGUUAUACAUUUAAACAAACACAUUCUACUCAAACUGUAGUAUUAUAAAUUACGGAACUUUUUACAGAAUAUUUUGAAAAUAAAUUUUAUUUUAAUGGAA